AUGGGGAUUUUUCAUGUUGCUAAGAAGCACUUUCUUGUGGAGAAAAACCUUAACUCUGUCAUUGUUAGAAACAUGAGCACCGAGCCUAUGUGCAUGUGUGUCAUUCUGUUUAUGAUUUUCCUUGUGAUACACCUAAUAGCCUUGAUAGGAAACUCCCUCUUAGUGCUGGUCCCCGUGGCGGACCCCACCCUUAAAACCCCCAAGUAUUCUUUCUUCAGGAGUCUCUCCUUCAUCGAUUUUUGUUACACCACUGUUUUCAUCCUUAAAAUGCUUACCAAUUUCCUGUCCAAGUAUAAAAGUAUUUCCUUUGGUGGCUGUGUAGCCCAGAUAUAUUUUGCCUUUUUUCCCGGGCCAUCAGAGUGUUGGAUUCUAACGAUGCCUUAUGACAGAAAGGCCGCCAUCUGUGACCCACUCCACUAUUCAUUCAUUAUGAACCAGAGGCUCUGUCUGCAGCUGGCCCUGGCUUCCUGGCUAGCAGGGAUUCCUGCGGCAACAGUACAGACUACAAUGAUGUUUACAUUGUCCUUCUGUGGGCCUAAUGUAAUUAACCAUUUCUUCUGUGAUGGCCCUCCUCCUUUAGAGCUGUUGUGCACAGACACCUUCACGUUUGAGGUUUAUGGUGUAACUGGGACUGUUAUAGCCCUGAUGCUCCCAUAUGGAGUCAUCAUUGCAUCUUACGUCUGCAUCCUCAUCAACAUCCUGAAGAUGCCCCCUGCCAAGACCAUCACAAAGCCUUCUCCACCUGCUUGUCCCACCUCAUUGUGGUCUCACUGUUCUUCAGGGCUGCGAUUUUGA